AUGGCAGAGAGGAAGAGAGCCAAAACUACUUCAACUUGCAGCCCUCUGGCCACCGUUGAAGAGAUUCAGAGACGCCUCGUUCGACCUUCCUCCACCUCCAUCUCUCCUCCACCGACCUCAACAUUCUCAUCGACGGACUAUGUUCAAAGCUGCCACAAGGCCCCUGACUCUUCGCAAUUCAAGUUGAGAACGACGACGAAGAAGCUCGAAGAUUACUUGGAUUCGGUCCUGCUCUCUCAGAUCUCGUCCAAGCUGAGUCGCGCGAAGAAGGUUCCAGAGACGAAGUUGCAGAAGAGAGAGGUGAAGGAUUUUGAGUGGCCGAUCGACGAAUUGAAGGUGUUGGCCGAUUCGGACAAGGAUCAUGUGAAUCUCAAGGAAGAUUUGGAUCUGAUGGAGGAAUUUGGAGACCGCGAUGUUGAAUCUUGCACUCCGUUUCGCCGUUUCGAGCAAAUUACCGCGCGGCGUUUCAAAGGGUGAGGAUCGCAAACGAUGGAGUGUUCGAAAUUUCAAAUAGUUUGUUAGAGAAUCGCAUGCAAGGUGAUGACACGCGUACUUUGUGUAGAGAAUGGAAACGGCUACUCUGUUUUUCUCUUUCGUUUUAAAAAUGAAUAUUUUGA